AUGAUACCACAGUCGUUUCCCCAGGGCGUCUAUUCUCAUAUCAACUUUGCCUUUGGGAGCAUCGACCCGGACACGUUCAAGGUUGGACCGGCAACCGAUGCUGACGAGGCGCUCUAUCCGGCCCUUCGGCCGCUCCAGACCCGCGACUUGGGCCAGGAGCUUGAGAUCAAGUCCAUCAUUAGCAACAACGACCUGACACCGACACUAUAUGACGACGCAGCGGUUAAGAUCGUCACAUGGGGUGGCGACCAUGUCUCGGCGGCGUGCUGGUGGUCGGUGGACUACGACGACGGCAACAGCACGUACUCGGAGGGCCUGGCAGCGGCGCUGGGCAACGAGCUCAACGUGGGCACGGACACGGGCCUGACGCUGUCCGUGGCCGCGACAAGCAGCAAGGACACGACGCUCGAGACGCAGAACCAAUACUGCCGCUGGAGCAACUGUGGCGAAACAUGCGGCACUGGUUUCACCAGCAUCGUGCGUGACGACAAGAAGUCGCAGCUCAUGCUCGACUCGACCGAGUGUCCUCCGGGCAAGAGCCAGACGCAGACCCUGUGCUGCCCCACGUCGUCUGAGGUGCCUACGUGCCGUGCCGAUGGCGCGGAUUCCACAACAACGGCAAGUUCGGCCUGUUGCACCAUUACGGAGUCGACGACGCCGUGGUCCAAGUGUCAGUGGACCGACAGCUGCUACGAUGACGAGACCUGCCCAUCCGACUAUCCCAACUACGUCGCCCAGUCCCGAGACGGCUGGGGCGGCCGGCCGUCUUGCUCGAACGGCGCCAAACACAAGAAUUAUUGCUGCUCCGGAGACGCUGUCCCUGAUGCCUUCACCAACUGCGCAUGGGACGGGUUCGAGGUUGCCUUCACCAACGAGGCGUACUGCAGCGAUGCGUGCCCGUCAAGCUCCAUCCGUAUCGCUGAGCAGUCCAUUUCCACAAUGUGGGGUGCAGACAAGACCGCGCAUACCGACGGCUGUUUGUAUGGCAACGAGGCGUACUGCUGCUCCGGGGCCAAGACUUCUUCAUCCACCAGCCCACGCUCCACCAGCGGCACGAUUGUCUACGCCGAUGAGACAGCUGAGGAGUUUGACGCCUAUCUGCAGAAUUAUUUUAAGUCGCCCGUGUGCCCGGCCCAGUGGGAGGCCGAAUAUGACGCUGAUAUUUCGCUGGUGGUGCGGGACCUUGCCGAACAAGACCCUGGUGCUGCCUCAAACACCCAGACGAGGAACGACACGAUCACAACGAUCCAACGCCGCCCGGCCAACCCGUUGAGCUUACUGACCCACCGGGCCACAGACGAAAGCAUCACGCUGACGUUUUUGCUGCCCCUGAUCUCGACAUGGAUCACGUCCCGCUACCCCCGCGAGGACUUGACCGAGAUCUGGAACACGCGCAUCGAAGAGGCCGGGCUGGGCUCCGACGGCGCGAAUGCCUCUGUCCUUACCGACACGCUAUAUGGUGACAGCUGGUCUGGCUACCCGACCUACUCGCCGGACACGCUCAUCGCCGACGUGCUUUGCAACAUUGCCGAUUCCUCCGACGCCCUUCUGAACAUGCAGACGGCGACUGAGGGUCUUUGUGUAGACUACGGCGAGGGCGCCGAGGACGAAGAUGACGACGGCGACACAAGCAGUGAAUGGAAGCGCGAGGACACGGCGCUCUCUGUCCGGAACCUCGAGCCACUGACCAUGGCGGCCCGCAGCGCCGACGGCGUAUUGCCAUCCAUUGCGGCGGUCUUGACGGGCAUCAUGAACGUAGGAGUGGCGCCGGGCGGCACGGGAAACAACAGCCCUCGCUACACGUACGGCGACAACUCCCACUUUACAUCGACUCCUCCCGACCGCUGGGUGGUGAUGCACCUGCACAUCCCCAUAGACCAGUACACCUUCCGCGGAAACACCCAGGGCUGGUACCCGGGCGUCACCACCGUCACCAUGUACCACAGCCAGGGCUGCGUGCGCCCCUCGGCCGUGACCCGCGGCGCCACCCCAGACCACCGCGCCGAGCACCGCUACUCGCCCGACUACGCCUCCGGGUCCAUGAACACGGGCGACGCGGCCGGCUUCAACGACCGCGCGCAGGCCCUCAGCUGCGGCAUGCGCAACGGCUGCAGCGGCGUGCAGGCGCGGUGGUUCAUCGGCUACGACAACGCCGAGAACAUCAACGCCCUCAACGCAGCCCCGGGCGUGCGCGCCCGCCCCACGCAGCUGGCCGCGCUGCUGAGCCGGUUCGGCGUCUGGUUCCGCAGCAGCCGCGCCGCCGCCGGCAGCGUUGCCCUUCUCCGAGGCAAACCUGGCCUACCUGUUUCCCAACCUGGCCGCGGUCCGGACGGCUACCGCCACGGGGCGCACGCCGCCCCGCGGCACGCAUAA